UCAUCAUCUUAUCUUUCGUUCGUUCUCUCCACCAUUUCUUCAAAGUUCUCCCCAUUUUCCUCACAAAAUCAAUCAACUAAAUUUCUCCAACAUACCAUCUUUUCAAUCUCAAUAAUUAAUUUAAUUCCUUAGUAUAUAUCACAAUACAUACAUACAUAUAAAUAUUCCUAUAGAAAUAAAAAACCUUUUCAAAGUAAAAUUAAAUCAUGAUGUCUUCUCUAUUACCAGAUCUAACCACUUCCAAAAUCUAUCCUGAACCGCCACCACCGCCACCGUCAUUCUUCUCCGGCGCUGCUGACCGCUUUGACUACCUUCCCGACUCUCUGAUUCUAUUAAUCUUCAACAGGAUCGGUGACGUUAAAUCCUUAGGCCGUUGCUCCGCCGUUUCCAGAAGAUUCCAAACCCUAAUUCCCCAAAUCGAAAACGUCGUUGUUCGUGUCGAUUGCGUUAUCUCCGACGACGAUCCCUCUACCGCCUCCUCCUCCGCCGAUAAAUCCCGAUCUCCGAUAUCUUCCCUCUUUCGUAUCUUCUUUUCCGGUUUUGUCAAGCCGUUUCAGAGCCUAGGCCAACUUUUCAAUCCCAAACGGUUAUCUCCGCCGUCGGCGUUAACCGUCGGUAACAUCGACGGUGGCGAUGAUCUCGAAAACGGAGACGGCGGUGGCGUAACGCAUCAUUCACCCACGCAGGUUUUGAAGAAUUUUAAUGAAAUUAAGUUUUUGAAAAUUGAACUUCCGGCUGGUGAAUUAGGUGUAGAGGAUGACGUAUUGUUGCGUUGGAAAGCCGAUUUCGGUUCGACUUUAGAUAAUUGUGUUAUGUUAGGUGCUUCCUCUGUUAUUUACCCCGAUAAAAAUGCAUCUAAUCAAUUAAAUUAUGAUACAUUGUGCAUUAUUAAUAAUACUAAUGCUGGUAAUGUGAAUGUUAAUGAUGAUAAUGGGAGUAUACCGGAGUCGUUUUAUACUAACGGCGGAUUGAAAUUAAGAGUAGUGUGGACAAUUAGCUCGUUAAUUGCGGCGUCUGCAAGGCAUUACUUGCUUCAGCCGAUAAUCGCAGAGCAUAAGACGUUGGAUUCAUUAGUGUUAACGGAUGCAGAUGGGCAAGGUGUGUUAUGUAUGAACAGGGAACAGUUGGAGGAGUUAAGGGUGAAGCCGUUAUCGGCUUCUUCUGCUUCAAAAAGGACGCUUGUUCCUGCGUUGAAUAUGAGGUUAUGGUAUGCGCCGUAUCUGGAGUUACCUGAUGGGACUGUGUUGAAAGGUGCUACAUUGGUUGCGACUAGACCGAGUGAUCAGUUGGUUCAACGAGAGGUUGCGGAUGGGUUGUGGGUUUCGUCUGCUUUUGAAGAGCCGUUCGGGACCGCUGCUAAGAUGUUGUUGAAAAGAAGGACUUACUGCCUUGAGAUGAAUUCCUUUUAAUUUUUCAAGGAUAUAUAGAGAAUAUUAGAAGGCAUUGGGUGUAUCGAUUCUGAAAGGCAAAGAAAACACAAAAUUUUGUUUUGCUUCUACCAUAAUGAAGGUUCAUGUACAUGGGUUUCAGCGGAUUCAGUUGGUACCUGCCUCCUACAAUAGCCCUCUAUGCGUUUAGUCAUCAGUAUUCAUUGGACAAUCUUUCUUUCUUUCUGUGAAUAUUUGUAGUAAAAAAUUUGUAAUGUUUAUUCAAAACAAAGGUCAUGUCAAAACUGCAUACCUUUUUAUAUCAUGUAGAUCUUUUUUUUUUUACAUUGAAAA